GACGGCCCGGGACGUGUGAAGGCGUUGUCUCGUCCAUUAUCGCCCAUACUCUUGUCCUCCGACAUGCAGCCGGGCUAUCUGAGCGUGACUGGUGGCCAUCUCAUCGGCAAAGAGUUGUCCACCGGAUCACCGAGUCCUCGGUUCUCGCGAAGAUCCCAAACCAGUCGACCGUGUCGACCAGCCGAUCAGACGAACAUGCAGUCGGCCCAAUGCGACCUCCAGACCGGGUCCAGCGAUGACGAGGAGGCCGAAGUGGUCUCGUUUUUGUCGCCAACCCAUCGAACUUCCGGACUUUCUGGACAACCGACUCAAUUUGCAAGCUCUACCGGCAAACUUUCUGGCCAGUUUCUUGGCGCUCGAGGUGUCGAAAUGCUCCUGUCAACACCGCCAGCAAAGCCGGUCCGUCAGACAGUGACGAAAGAUAAAAGCGGCAUCAGACGGAGUCCGCACUCUGAAGCCUCUGUUACCACGACGACAACAGUGACCACAGACCUGGGUCAACUCACGGCCUCGGCUAGUGACAAUCGGCCAACUGACGGCAUGGCGAAGACAACUUCAGCCUCGAAGCCGCCGGGACUCGAACUAGUCACCGGUGUUCCGGUACAGCGAGCACCCGGUCAGCCGGGCAGCAUGACACAUUCAUCCGACUCGGCGACAUCUUCGGCCGUCAACUCGUCAGUCGAUGGUGUCGCCUCGUCGGAUUCGACAACCUUCGAUACAACCACAAUAGCCAGUCAGGCGGGACACAUCGGCGUUGGCAACAACAGAAAGUGGCAGAACAGCACAGCAACCGGCACCACCCCAUCGACGUCGGGAUCACCGUCACUUGCCUCUGUGGUGAACAUCACCACGGUAACCUCGAGUCCUCAGGUUCAGAUGUGCUUCGAGGAAGGCGGCCGAGGUGUCUCGGGUGCAGGCAGAAGCCGUGGUGACAAAGCCAGACAUGACUAUUACUACCAGCACCACAUUCAGCCAUACCAAGAACAACAGCCCAUGGGCGAGUGCAUCAACAGCCAACCGGCAACUGGUUCGCACAUGCACACCGAUCUGCAGACUGACCAAACCAGCAACACGAGUAACGUGGACAUGAUGGAGGCCACUUUAGCGACAAUGGAGCAUCAAUCGAGAACCCCAUCUCCUUCUUCCAGCUCAAGGUUCGGCAGUAAAACUUGCUCAAAAAUAGGAGGUCAUUUGAUUUAA